ACUCUGCCCGGUAACAUCAGGCUGAAAGGCUGCAGAGGAAAAACAGCCCAGCCGCCUUUUGUCUCGCUGUGGGACAAGUUGGGGCAAAAACUCGCACCCCGCAGGCUUACAGACAACCGGAGUGGACAAUGAUGCUAUAAAGUAUCGUAGACUGGAGGUGUCUGGCUGGAAUUGUCCAUGUAAGCAGGCAAGCAACUUUGACAGAAAUUACAUCCACAUUCAAUUCAGGAGACCACACACACAUAUCCAGCAGUUUUAGAUCUAGGUAACAAUGGACAUUUUGCGGCCAGCACUGAUUAACAUCAAUGGAAGGAUUUACAGAAAAAAUCUCAUUAAAGAGGAGCAUUAUGAGGAUGAAGAAGAAGAGGAUUUUUCAUACUCUGGACCAGUUACUGACCAGUGCAUGGAUGAGCCUUGUGACACUAACAACAUUGAACAGACAGAAAAGGGAUUUCGAUGUGCCAUUGAUGUUCCAAGUGUUCUUUACAAGUACAUCAUUGGAAAGAAAGGAGAAACACGUAAACGUCUGGAAUCAGACACUAAAACUUCCAUCAGCAUUCCCAAACAAGGAGUGGAGGGACAGAUAGUGAUCACAGGACCUCAGAAGUCUGCAGUGGCAUCUGCUCUAACUCGUGUUGAGGUCUUGAUAGAGAGCUUCCGCAGGAAGCAGCCAUUCACUCACUUCCUUUCCUUCGCUCUGAACCACCCUCAGGUCCAGGAGGGCUUCCAGCGCUUUAAGGAGGAAGUAUUGGAGCACUGUUCUCAGGAUGGAGGAGUAGAUGAUACUAUCUUUCAAAAUCCAGCCAAACUGCAUCUCACCAUAGGAACUCUUGCCCUGCUGAAUGAACAGGAAGUGAUGCGAGCAUGUGAGCUGCUGCAGCAGUGUCAGGAUUUCAUCAGGGACACAACAGAAGGAAAACCUUUAGCUCUGGAGGUACGAGGGAUUGAGUACAUGAAUGAUGACCCCUCUAUGGUGGAUGUCUUAUACGCUAAGGUCAGCCCUCAGGAUGGAUCUGACAAGUUGCAGCAGAUAGCAGACAGGCUUGUGGAGCAUUUUGUGGCAGCAGGAUUGAUGGUGAGGGAGUGGGAAAGAGUGAAGCUUCACGCCACAGUCAUGAACACACUGUUCAGAAAGGAUCCCUCAGCGGAGGAUAAAGGAGGCUCAGGACGGCAGAAUAUGAAAGAUCGAGAAGCUUUUGAUGCCAGAAAUGUUCUGGAGAUGUUUGGAGAGUUUAAUUUCGGAGCAUGCGAGCUGAACUCAGUGCAGCUCUCUCAGAGGUUUUCAUCAGACUGUACAGGAUAUUACUGUUCAUCAGGACAUGUUACCUUCUCCUGAAAUGCUGCUUCGCUUGUGGAACAAGAUAAACUCAUACUGAGUCUUCUUUAUUAUGAAGUUUCCCACCAUUGUGGGGUUUGAGAGUUUGUAUAAUAAGCAUGGUUCACUGGGUUACAGUACUAGUUUUAUGUAUUGAUUCAGUGAACGAAUAAAAACGUCGUCUCACUUA